UCAAAUAGCUAGCACCAUGGGAUUUUCGCGUAAAAUUGCGCUGGUUCUUGCUUUAUGCAUGGCAAUCCUACAUUUCUCUCACGAGGAUGAACAGUCAUGCAACCAACCAGAAGACUACAGUAUUAACGCGCAUAGUGGUAUCAGAAGGGUAUUGAGCGCGGCUCCUUCGACAGGCACCACCUCACAGCAAGCUAUUUUGGAUGCCCAUAAUAAGGUUCGUAAAGAGAUACCUAGUCUUGAGCCAAUGACAUGGAAUGCUACUGUCGCCAAAUUUGCAGAAGAAUAUGCGAGUGAAAGGAAGAAAGAUUGUGCACUCCAACACUCGGAUACACAAAUAUAUGGCGAGAAUAUUGCUACAGGGGCUGGCAAGAUGACCAUUUUAGAUGCUAUAAACAUGUGGUGUAGCGAAAAGGACAAUUACGAUUACGAGACGAACACAUGCGGACCUGGAAAGGCGUGUGGGCAUUAUACUCAAGUGAUUUGGAAAAACUCGACCACCGUUGGGUGUGCCUUGUCUCACUGCGUGAAAAAUGAUGGGAUUUUUAUAAUUUGCAAUUAUUAUCCUCCAGGAAACUAUAUUGACACGAAACCUUAUUAAGAUCCACAAAU